UUUAACCUAUAAAGCACAACAAAUAGUAAAAAUUGCCGAAUUGUUGGAAUUAUUUUAUUUACUCAAAUUACGUUAACUUAUUGGCAACAACCACACCCGCCAUGAUACUUCAUAAGUUAAAAGAAGGUUUUGUGCGUGUGUGUCGUCUUCGUUACAAAUCUACAAGCGGGAAAAGUGGUGCAGAUGCCGGUGAAGCAGCGCGGAAACGACAAAAGUCGACGCUAUAUUAUUUAACGGCUGGUGGCAUAUUUGUUGCAGGUGCUAGUUACGCCGCUGUCCCUCUGUAUCGCAUGUUCUGUCAGGCAUACAGUUAUGGCGGCACAACUUCAGUCGGGCACGAUGCAGAUAAGGUAGAGACAAUGCAGAAGAUUGAGGAUCGUAUACUGAAAAUACGUUUCAAUGCAGAUACCGCUGCCUCCAUGCGUUGGAAUUUCAGACCACAACAAUAUGAAAUAAAAGUGGUGCCCGGUGAAACGGCGCUGGCAUUCUACACAGCACGUAACCCCACUGACAGCGCAGUAAUAGGUAUUAGCACAUACAAUGUACUGCCUUUCGAGGCUGGGGCGUACUUUAACAAAAUACAGUGUUUCUGUUUUGAAGAACAACAACUUAAUCCACACGAACAGGUGGAUAUGCCUGUAUUUUUCUACAUUGAUCCUGAAUUUACUAAGGACCCAAAGCUGGAAAAUGUUGACACCAUAACGUUGUCGUAUACUUUCUUCGAAUCAAAGGAAGGCUUGAAGCUACAAAUGCCCAGCUAUGUGAGACCGCACGUAGCAUGAUGGAAAACUUUGUUUUUAUUUAGUACAUUAGGGAAAAAUAUCUACAUACCUUCAUUAAACUUAUUUUACCACCUUUGACUGUUCCGUUGUAAAUACAAUUUUAUUAUGCUUAUUAA